AUGGCGCAGCAUGACUUUGUUCCUGCUUGGCUAAAUUUCUCAACACCACAGUCAGCUAAGUCACCUACAGCGACUUUGGAAAAACACGGAGAGCACCUACCCCGAGGAGAUGGUAGAUUUGGAGUAAGCCGUCGUAGACAUAAUUCCUCUGAUGGCUUUUUCAACAAUGGACCUCUUCGAACGACAGGAGAUUCUUGGCACCAGCCCUCCCUGUUCCGCCAUGAUUCUGUGGACUCUGGUGUCUCUAAGGGAGCAUAUGCUGGAAUCACAGGGAACCUAUCUGGUUGGCAUGGCUCUUCACGAGGUCAUGAUGGCAUGAACCAGCGUAGUGGGGGUGGCACAGGAAUCCAUCGCCAUUGGAAUGGCAGCUUCCACUCCCGGAAAGGCUGUGUCUUUCAGGAAAAGCCACCUACAGAUAUUAGGGAAGAGAAGAAAGAAGAUAAGGUGGAAAAGUUGCAGUUUGAAGAGGAAGACUUUCCUUCUUUGAAUCCAGAAGCUGGCAAACAGAAUCAGCCAUGCAGACCUAUUGGGACCCCUUCUGGAGUGUGGGAAAACCCACCUAGUGCCAAGCAACCCUCCAAAAUGCUAGUCAUCAAAAAAGUUUCCAAAGAAGAUCCUGCUGCUGCCUUCUCUGCUGCAUUCACCUCACCAGGAUCUCACCAUGCAAAUGGAAACAAAUCGUCAACCAUGGUUCCAAGUGUCUAUAAGAACCUGGUUCCUAAGCCUGUACCACCUCCAUCCAAGGCCAGUGCAUGGAAAGCUAACAGAAUGGAACACAAAUCAGGACCCCUUUCCUCUAGCCGAGAGUCCGCUUUUACCAGUCCAAUCUCUGUUACCAAACCAGUAGUACUGGCUGGUGGUGUAGUUUUAAGCUCUCCCAAAGAGAGCCCCGCCAGCACCACUCCUCCGAUUGAGAUCAGCUCCUCUCGUCUGACCAAGUUGACCCGCCGAACUACUGACAGGAAGAGCGAGUUCCUGAAGACUCUGAAGGAUGACCGGAAUGGAGACUUCUCAGAGAGCAGAGAGUGUGAGAAGUUGGAAGAUUCGGAGGACAAUAGCACACCUGAACCAAAGGAAAAUGGAGAGGAAGGCUGUCAUCAGAAUGGUCUUGCUCUCCCUGUAGAAGAGGAAGGGGAGGCCCUCUCUCACUCCUUGGAAGCAGAGCACAGGUUACUGAAAGCAAUGGGAUGGCAGGAGUAUCCUGAAAAUGACGAGAAUUGUCUUCCCCUCACAGAGGAUGAGCUCAGAGAGUUCCACAUGAAGACAGAGCAGCUGAGAAGAAAUGGCUUUGGAAAGAAUGGCUUCUUGCAGAGUCGAAGUUCCAGCCUAUUCUCCCCUUGGAGAAGCACUUGCAGAGCAGAGUUUGAGGACUCAGACACGGAGACAAGUAGCAGUGAGACAUCUGAUGACGAUGCCUGGAAGUAG